AUGAAUUAAACGAUACCUUUUAAUAUCUCCCAUCAUAAUACAGUGCAUUUAUCAUUUCCUUCAUAUUGUGUGGGUAUGUGAUGCUCUUGAAAGCAGUCUCGGUCUUUCAGUCGACAAUUAAAGCCAGAGCCGAAGGAACGAAAUGAAAUAAUGAAUGGUUCGCCUUUUUCACACUUCACUGCACAAGAACAUGGACUUCCGCCAUUUUGCUGUAGUAAAGAAUAUUUGUGGGGACAGAGAAGAUGCGCUGUAGUACUGAGUUGAGUCUUGCCAUGAGUGCUAAAUCAGACUUGGAUGUCCUAAAAAAUGAUGCCGAUGUCUCUUGUGAAAGCAGCAUCUCUCAUAUCCCCAAUGACAACUCCUCUCAGCGGCAGAAACCCCUCGAGACCACCACAAUCAUUUUUCCAGCCUCUGUUCAUCCAUUGACAAAAGUGGAGCUGCCUCAAAAUGCAAUCAAGGCAGUUAAAGGCAGUGAACUGGAGACAGCGCCACUGUCCGCUCAGGUUGGAGGCACAAUUGUCCAUGUUUUGGGCUGGAAAGAGGGAAUGGCGAUCCUACCUGGCAGCAAUCUGAAGUUAUGUGUUAAUGAUAGUGGAUCACUGGAAGUGAUCAGUCAAGGUAAAAUCAGCUCUGCUAACCAGACCAGUGAAGGAGCUCAUCCAAAACCAGCUGACAUAGAACUCAAACAAGCUGAAAAAUCAGGCGUCCCAGCUGGUGGGAAUGGCAGGUCUGAUGCCGAGAGACUUCAGAGAGGACACGUGGAAGCUCAGGACAGGCCAGUUCACAGCAAGUGCAGUGACACAUCAGCCAAACAGAGUCACCCGGAGGAGUUACGUGGGGAACAAAUGUCUGACAAUCUGGCAGGUGUUGAGAGGAUCACACAAGCACAGGUACAUGAGCAUGAGAUGUUGAAGCCCAUGAAGAAGAGGAAGAGGAGAGAAUACAACAGCCCAUCUGAGGAAGAGUCUGACACUGAACUCAUGGAGGAGAAAGCUGAGGCUUCAAAAAUGGAUGACAGACAGAACAAAGAAGGUACAGCAGAGAGUAAACUGGAGUCAUGGACUUGGCCGCAGUAUCUAGAAGAACAGAAAGCUGUAGCAGCUCCAGUCAGACUCUUCCAGGAGUCCCAGAGGGUUCCAAUGGUUAAAAACAGCUUUAGACAGGGUAUGAAGUUAGAAGGCAUCGACCCACAACAUCCCUCCAUGUAUUUUGUCCUGACCGUGGCUGAGGUUUGUGGCUUCAGAUUACGUCUUCAUUUUGAUGGUUAUUCUGACUGUCAUGAUUUCUGGGUCAGUGCCAACUGCCCUGAUAUUUACCCUGCCGGAUGGUGUGAGAGCACAGGACACAAACUAUACACUCCAAAAGGAUGCAAAGACGAAGAGUUUUCUUGGUCCAACUACCUAAAAAUCACGAGAUCACAAGCCGCUCCAAAAGAGUUGUUUUCUAGCACAAUCAAAACAGAAACGGACUGUGGAUUUGAGGUGGGGAUGAAGUUGGAAGCAGUUGACCGCAUGAAUCCCUCUCUCAUCUGUGUUGCCACAGUAACAGACAAAGUAGGAAACCGUUUUCUGGUUCAUUUUGAUAACUGGGAUGACACGUAUGACUACUGGUGUGAUGCCCGCAGCCCAUACAUUCAUCCCAUUGGCUGGUGUCAGGAGAGAGGCCUCCCCCUCACACCCCCACAAGAUUACCCAGACACUGACAGGUUCUCCUGGGAGAGAUAUUUGGAGGAGACAGGCUCAACGGCAGUCGCUGCUGAAGCUUUCACAGUGCGUCCUCCUCAUGGGUUCCAGGUGCAGAUGAAGUUGGAGGCAGUGGAUAAGAGGUGUCCAGGGCUCAUCCGUGUGUCUACGGUGCAGGAGGUGGACACAUACAGAAUUAAGAUUCACUUUGAUGGCUGGAGUCACUUGUAUGAUGAGUGGAUGGAUUCUGACCAUCCGGACAUUCACCCGGCAGGCUGGUGUGAAAGCACAGGACACCCUCUCAAACCUCCACCUUAUCAGCCCAGUGCCCAGAAACCUGCUCCCAGGGAGAACUUGACCAGCAGACAGCCGAACUACACCUCCAUGUCCUGUAAAAGCCUCUCUCAGCCCCGCAACACCUCCAAGUACAGCUUCCACCACAGAAAGUGUCCUACUCCAGGAUGUGAUGGGUCUGGUCAUGUGACUGGGCGUUUCACUGCUCAUCACUGUUUAUCUGGCUGUCCAUUGGCUGAGAGGAACCAAGGCCGGCUCAAGGCAGAGCUCUCUGACACUGAGGGAUCCAAACGGAACUUGCUAGUCUUCAGUCAGAGAGCAAAAAAGUUGCGAUAUCAUGGAAGGAUUGGUCGCCCACCUAAAUACCGUAAAGGUCAGCAAAGAAACUGUCAGAGUCUGGUGUCUGAGGGAUUGUACUCGUCACUCUUCAUGACGGCAUUCACAGCACACUCUGACCGCACUCUCUCUCUCUGCUGGGAGCAACACUGUAAGUUACUGCCUGGUGUUGCAGGAAUACAUGCCAGUCAGGUCACUACCUGGACUAUAGAGGAGGUCUUUGGCUUUGUCAAUAAUCUCAUUGGUUGUGAAGAACAAGCUCGAAUUUUCAAAGAUGAAAUGAUCGAUGGAGAAGCAUUCCUUCUGCUCACUCAAAAUGACAUUGUGAAGAUCAUGAAUAUAAAGCUUGGACCUGCACUGAAGAUUCACAAUGCCAUUUUAAUGUUCAAGAGCACAGAUGAAGGCCUGAAGUGAACACUCAUCAUCAUCCACAAACUCGCCAUUUAGAAUCUGACAUCCAUCACGUGUUUGGUGUUUAAUGUCUGACCCACCAGAGAGAGAGAAAACCAGGACAAACUAUAAAUGAAAGUACAGCCGAGAUGAGCUGUGAUGUUGCUUUAUUUCAAAAGCGAAAUGACACGUUCUGAAAAAGAACAAAUCCAUCUGAAACCAACUUGCAGGAUUUUUAAGAUGGUGUUUUUUUGUAUUUGGAGUGUUAAAAGGGAUAUUUCACUCAAAAAUGAAAAUUCAUUGUACUCACUCUCAUGAGUCUCAUGUUGUGGUGACACAAGUAAAAUUGGUGCACAGGAAUAUCAGGGCAGAUUUCAAUUGAUUGGUGCUACCGUACCCUUUCUUAGAUCCCUGAUGAUGUUUAUGCACUUUACAUGAGGAGCCACUUUGGAGAGCCGUUCUUCAUACUGUAAGAAGUUUCACUAGAGAUCUGAGCUUUCUGAGCUAACUCAAAAGUCAGUGUUUUAUCCUCAGUAACAUUUUGAAGUGCUCCUGAUAUUGUACUGUUAAAGAUAUUAUAGUUUAAAACAAGCUAUUUUACAGAGAUGAUUUGGAUUGUCAUAUCAGUGUUAUUAUUUUUCAAGUGUAUGAAAGGAAACCCAGCAGGACAAAUAGUCAUAACUGAGAUAGGUUUUUCGGUGAUAUAUGUUUCUCUCUCUGAUGGGAAUAUUUUAAUAAUGUACAGUUGAGUAUCUAUGUCUGUUCGGUUCAUCAGCAUAAAUAAAUGUUUAAUUCAA